AUGUCAGACUUCGGCUCAUCACCCGGCGGUGGUGAAUACAGGGACCGGGCCAAUCGCAGAGACAGCGAUCGUAACUCGAACGCUACGGAUACCAGCAACACCAGCAACACACCCUCCCUUGUCCACUCACCAAGUUCAUCAUAUGGGACUGUGGCUUCGAAUCACUCCUACCGCCCCUUGGCACCACGACACAACCCAUUCACCACCACAAAUUACCGCAAGUCACUGGAGCUGGUCGCAUUUGACGGCGCACCCCCGAGUCCCACUCAGAUGCUCAAAGAUAGUAGCAUGAAGAGCUCCGCAAGCACCAUGACUUCUUUCCGAGUGGCUGAAGCGAGCGACUUGUCGUAUGAGAAUCGCCGGAAGAGCUCAUCGAACAAGUACGAUCAAAUUGUGGAUAAUGGGCUGAAGGAACAACGCUUCAGUCAUGAUGCCGUCAGAACUUCGUCAAAGACCCGCUAA